CACUCUCCACCAAGCAAUGCACAGCCGUGGAGCUGUCAUGGAGUUAAUUACUGCUCCACUGUUUUGGCUCCUUGUUUAUUCUGCCGUCGGUCUGGCAUUUGAAGAGAUCUUGGUUGAUCUGGAUGCUGGAAAAGACAAUGACAUUUUUGACAUCAAUCAAGAACAGGGACUGAAUCUUUUUGAAGGAGACAUCCAGCUUGCUACAAAUGAAAGAAACUCAAUCAUUGGUGACCAGUAUCGGUGGCCAAUACCAGUUCCAUACUACUUAGAGGACAGCUUGGACAUUAAUGCAAAAGCACUUGUCUUAGAAGCUUUUGAACGUUACCGACUCAAAUCUUGUAUAGACUUCAAACCUUGGGAGGGGGAACCAAAUUACAUCUCAGUAUUCAAGGAAAGUGGAUGUUGGUCCUAUGUUGGGAAUUUACAUAGAGGAAAGCAGCAACUUUCACUUGGUAACAACUGUGACAGACUAGCUACAAUUCAGCAUGAGUUUCUCCAUGCUCUGGGGUUCUGGCAUGAACAAUCGCGGCCUGACCGAGAUGACUACGUCAUAAUUAUGUGGGAUAGAAUCCAGAGUGGAACUCAAAACAAUUUCAAUACAUAUAAUGAUACGCGGUCCACUGCUCUAAAUGUUCCAUAUGACUACACAUCGGUUAUGCAUUACAGUAAGACAGCCUUCCAGGUUGGCAGUGAACCCACCAUUGUAACUCGGAUAACAGCAUUCAGCGAUGUCAUUGGACAAAGAAUGGAUUUCAGCGACUAUGAUCUUGAAAAGCUUAAUCGUUUGUAUAACUGUUCUAACUUUCGAACGUUCCUGGACACAUGUGAUUUUGAGUAUAAUAAUAUCUGCGGAAUGAUACAAGGUACAGGAGAUAGUGCAGACUGGGAACAUGUCCUUCAAAACCCUACUGGACCCAGUAAUGAUCACACUAACUUGGGGAAGUGCAAAGACAGUGGUUAUUUCAUGCACUUCAGCACCAGGACACUAAGUACAGGAAAUACAGGACUGUUGGAAAGUCGUCUUUUUUACCCUAAAAGAGGAUUUCAGUGCUUGGAAUUCUUCUACUACCACAAUGGACAUGAAAGUGACCGCCUGAACAUCUGGAUCAGAGAAUACACAGAUGCUGCUCCAAAUGGCACACUGAAAUUUGUCACCACAGUUGACACUCAGCCUGCAGACUAUUGGCAGCUGUAUCAUGUGUCUCUAAACAUAAGCACAAAGUUCCGUGUUGUCUUUGAAGGGGUAAAAGGAACUGGAAACUCCAAUGGAGGUUUUUCGAUUGAUGACAUCAAUUUUUCUGAGGCUAAAUGCCCACAUUUUAUCUGGCAUAUCCGAAACUUUACAAACCAGCUCAAUAAUAUAACUCGUAGUCUAUUUAGUCCUCCCUAUUAUAACAAAGAUGGGUAUGCUUUCCAAGUGCAACUUACAGCCAUUAACUCUCCUGAGCAGUUCCAUGAGCUGGGAAUUUAUUUCCAUCUUAUUUCUGGACAUAAUGACAACCAACUGCAGUGGCCAUGUUCUCUAAGACAGGCAGCCAUGGUGCUGAUGGAUCAAAACCCAGAUAUUAGGAAGCGCAUGUCAAAUCUAAGAAGUAUUACCACAGAUUCCCAGCGACUGACCAAUGACGGAAACAUUUUCUGGGAUAAACCUGAGAGAGUAGGAAGCAGCGCCUCUUUUCCUAAUGGAACACAGUAUUUUCGUGGACCUGGACUUGGAACUUCAGCAUAUAUCACACAUGACAGGGUUCAUAGCAGAGAUUUCCUAAAAGGGGGUGAUGCAUUUCUUCUAAUAACAGUAGAAGAUGUAACAUAUCUAAAUACAACUCAGCCAGUGCCUCCAUCAACAACACCGGGAUCGGGAGCAACAACCAACACUACAACAACAUCAAGACCAGGAGAUACUGCAUGUGCAAAUUAUAAAUGUGAAAAUGAUGGUGUCUGUAUCACUGAGAAUAAUAAUCCAGUCUGCAGGUGUAAAGUUACUAAAGAUUGGUGGUAUGUGGGAGAUAAAUGUGAAACCAAAGUUUCCAGCCAAGACACAUUGGUGAUUGCCGUGUCAUCUUCUGUCGCCAUAUUUGUCGUCAUGUUAGCAGUCACGCUUGUCAGUGUGUACUGCUUGAAGAAGAAGCACAAAAAGCAACUUGCAGCGUCUGACGAAGAUUUAGACAUGUCUCUAUUUUCUGGUUUGAGGUAG